AUGGGGUCCAGGUCGAACGAUGUUGAGGAACUUGAUGCUCUUGUUGUUGGAGCUGGGUUCGGAGGUGUAUACCAGCUGAAGCGCCUCAGAGAUCUGGGCUUCAAUACUAAGCUACUCGAAAGCGGUAGUGAUUACGGCGGCGUGUGGUACUGGAACAGGUAUCCUGGUGCCCGUGUGGACAGCUCUAUCCCCCACUACGAGUUCGAUGACCCAGCUCUGUGGAGCACAUGGACCUGGAAGCAGAGGUUUCCCGACCACUGUGAGCUCCGGGCUUACUUUUCGCACGUGGCCAAAGUAUGGGACCUAGAGAAGGACACUCAGUUCAAUACUUUUGUGGAAUCUGCUAGCUGGGACGAUUCCGAGUGCCUCUGGACAAUACACACUCGGGAGGGCAUGUGCUACAAAGCCAGGUAUCUUCUACUGAACACGGGGUUUGCCGCUAAACGAUAUAUCCCGGACUGGAACGGCAUCGAAACAUUCAAGGGGACCUUCAUCCAUCCGUCAUACUGGCCACAGGAUGGCUUGGACCUGAAGGGGAAAAGAGUCGCCGUAGUCGGCACGGGCUCAACCGGGGUCCAACUCGCGACGGAGCUCAGUCCGAUCGUCGGCGAACUUGCCAUCUUCCAGCGCACUCCCAACACAGCUUUGCCCAUGAGGCAAGUCGAUUACAAGGAUGGCGAGCAGGCAAUCGGACGGGAAGCGUACCCGGAUCUUUUCAAGGGCCGACCGCUGUCUUUCAGCGGGUUUUCUUUCAGUCCUGUUUGCCGGAACACAUUCGACGAUUCACCUGAGCGACGGCAGGCGUUCUACGAGACCCUUUGGAAAGAGGGCGACUUCAAGUUCUGGCUGGCUAACUAUCAGGAUCUUCUGUCUGUCAAGGCUGCAAAUGAUGAAGCAUACGCCUUCUGGCGUGAGAAGACCCGUGCGAGGAUUCAAGACUCUCGGGUGAGAGACCUCCUUGCGCCGAUGGCUGCACCCUACAGCUUUGGCUGCAAGAGAAUCUCGCUCGAGCAAGGCUACUUUGAGAUCUUCAACGAGCCUCACGUCCAUCUUGUCGAUGUGAACUCGACACCAGUUGAGGCUAUCACUGAGAAAGGCAUUAGGACUUCUGAGAAAGAGUGGGAGUUCGACUACAUCAUCUGCGCUACUGGCUUCGACAGCAUCACCGGUGGACUGAAGCAGAUCAACGUCAAGAGCACUUCCGGGGAGCUCUUGGCGGAAUACUGGGGAAACGGGACUCGGACUUACCUCGGCAUGGCCGUUUCCGGGUUUCCCAACCUGUUCUUCACUUACGGGCCUCAAGGGCCCACGGCGCUGUGCAACGGGCCAACUGUAAGCAACCCCCCAGACACCAUUUUCACCAUGUCAGUGGCCAGCGCCCUGAACAUGGCAGCCACGCCGCUGGAUUGCGCGCAGAUGCAGGGGGAUUGGGUUGUAGGAUUGAUCAGCCGGAUGAAAGAGGCCGGUGAGAGGAAGGUGUUCGUGGAGAAGACGUAUGAAGAGGAAUGGCAGCAAACCAUUCUGAAGGUCGCCAGCAUGACCUUGGUACCUGGCACAAAAUCGUGGUACAUGGGAGAUAAUAUUCCAGGCAAGAAACGAGAGCCGCUGAUUUAUCUGGGAGGUGUUCCCAACUACUACGCCACGUUGAAUGAAGUAGCAGCAAAUGGGUAUCCGGGCUUCGCUUUCGAAUAG